AUGGCCGAACCUGACAGGGCAGAGAUCGCCGUUGUCCGGCGCGCCGAUGGCCGAACAUUGCGAAAGUCAUGCGAUAGAUGCCACCAGCAGAAGCUGCGAUGCGUGGGAGACAAGGCGUCGUUGACUCGAUGUAAACGUUGCCAGAAGGCGGGACUCGAGUGUGUGUAUGGAGCGAGAUCAAGCAAGAAGACGAGCCAUUGCAGCGUCGACAACUUUGCGGCGUGGGACGAUUGGCCGAGGAAUUCCACAGUCCCGACGUUGAGCGAUCCUGUGGGCGAGCUAGACACAAUGUUCGGUCUCGACUUGACGCACUUUGAUGAUGUCUUUCCCGACUCGGCCUCGUCUCGGCCCGGCACUGGUGGGAGUAGUAUUUCAUUUGGGGGCUCCAUCUUACCUUCGCUCGAGGAGAACUCUGGUGUUACAGUCAUCUCAACGCCGAGCGUUCCCUUGCUGGCCAUAGACGGUGCACUUAGGCCAGAGAAUGCUGAGCCGUCGACAAAACUUGACAAAGCUUCCCAGGAGUUGGAAGUAAUUUUCCUCAGAACGACGAAGGGCGACACCAAUCAGAGGCCUCAAGAUUAUCCGAUCGGUGAAGUCUUGGGCGCCCUUGGCAAGUUUUUGGCCGCUCUGAAAGUGAUCAAUGUGGUGGAACUGGUCCCACCUCACACACCCCAAACCUCACAUGAUGCUCAUUUGCGGAGCAAACAGGCUUCAUUAGCCUCUCAAGGCUAUGUGCUCUGCGUCAGACUUCUCUCAUCCCUGCUGGAGCAGAUGCUACAGAGCCUCUUAACCUCGCCGUCCUCCUCAUCGACAGCUCCUAGCAGCGCAGCCAGUCCCGAGAGGUCUCAAGAUUCAAGCAGUCUGAGAGCAAGUUUAGCCUCACUGGGAAGCAACUUUUCCGAUGCGUCUCAGGUUCCACAUGGUCUUCGAUUGAGAGAUAUUCUCGCGCCUCCGGGCGACUUCAGGCGGGCUCUGAAUUUCAGCCUUGAUCUGCUCUGUAUUGGUUGUAGCCAACUCAAUGAGAUGGAACAAUUGCUUCGGAUACCAUCCAAACAACCGGGUCUUGGCACGGCGUCCCUGGUGUCCCUGGAGCGGUCCGGUAUCGCCCAGCCCGAGCUCUCAGAUAACUCGGUUUCAAUACCGUCGUUACCAGCUCGCUUUGUCGCUUCAAUAUGGGAGGACGAAGCAAGCAUCAACCAAAAGUCCUCGGCAGUGUGCCUUCAGCGCUAUCCUCGCAAGGCGCACGCUAUCCAGCAAGCUCACAAGGAGUAUUGCCCUGUGGUUCGUGUGGGCCCCACCGAGCUGUCCUUCUCGUCACUGACCGUGCUAGAAGAUAUCUACGGCCGCGACCAGGGCCUGCCGAAGGCCAAGUUCUACAAGAUUGGUAAGCUCCCCGCUGAGGACAGCGUCAUCAGCAUCCGGGGCAGAGCGCAGCAUGCCGGGAGGAGAUCACUCAUGGCCAAGACCUACUAUCAGGCGUACAUCUGA